UCCCCUUGUUUCUUCCAGCACCCGUUACCUACGUCAUCUUGCCAAUCAUCGUUUAUUAGAUACAUCAACCUCUCGGUUACCGCUUGCCGAUGCCUGCUUUCCCACUUGCUUGCUGGUUAUCAUCGACAUAUCAUCGCACUGACGCCGUGCUCAAGGCAGCUUGCUUUCGAGUGACUUUUUUUUUCUGUCGUCUGCUUGUUAACCGAAAUGCUCAGUACUGCUGAAAUGACUGUGUUAGUAUGCUGUUUGAAUGUUUCACAGAGUGUGCGGCUUUAAAGUUGCAGGGAAAUUUUCUAUUUGCUUGAUACUAACCAGUUGCGGUUGGUAUUAGCGCCUGCUGGACCCUGCAAUGAAUUGGUCGGCGUAACCUCUCACCUUCGUUUCUUCACAUGGCACUCAACAAUUACGCUGACUCAAUAUGGCGGCCGCCAACAGUGCACGGAGUAUCGCUUCUGGACACAAAAUGUCGGAUUUCAGCAGUGUAUAUGACUCAUCGGACAGUGAUGGAGAAACGGAACCUGCUAAAAACUUUCACAGAAGGAUAUCAACUAACAGAGAGAUAAAAACUUUGGCGUGUCUUAAGGAGGGCUACUUAAUGAAGCAGACCAGUUCGUUCCAGAGAUGGAAAAGACGAUACUUCAAGUUGAAAGGUCGCCGACUUUACUAUGCAAAAGACACCAAGUCGGCUUUGUACGAUGACAUCGAUCUCUCCAACCUGAGCGUCGCCGAGUGCAGCACCAAGAACAUCAACCACAGCUUUCAGGUAAUCACACCCUCCCGGAACCUGGUCUUGUGCGCAGACACGCGCCGCGAUAUGGAAGAGUGGAUAAGUGCUCUGAAAAUGGCAGCCAACAAGGAAUACUAUGAGCAGGGUCAGACGAGUCACUCGGAGAUGAUGUCCGGCCAACACAACUGGUACGCAUGCUCGCACGCGCGGCCCACCUACUGCAACGUCUGCCGAGAUGCACUUUCAGGUGUCACAUCACACGGACUGUCGUGCGAAGUAUGCAAAUUCAAGGCCCACAAGCGGUGUGCGGUGCGGGCACCCACCAACUGCAAGUGGACUGCACUUGCCUCCAUUGGCAAGGAUAUCAUCGAAGAUGAAGAUGGAAUCUCUAUGCCUCAUCAGUGGAUGGAAGGCAACCUCCCUGUCAGUGCCAAGUGUGUUGUCUGUGAUAAAACCUGUGGUAGUGUCCUACGGUUGCAGGACUACCGAUGCUUAUGGUGCCGAGCCCUGAUCCACACUGGGUGCCGAGACCAAUAUCCUCGGAAGUGUCCUCUGGGUCAGUGUCGUCUGUCCAUUCUUCCACCCACAGCAAUCAGCAGCAUUGACUCGGAUGGCUACUGGGAGGGAAUGCGGCCUCCAGGCACCUCCCCUUUACUAGUCUAUGUUAAUACCAAGAGUGGUGACAAUCAGGGCGUCAAGUUUUUACGAAGGUUCAAACAGUUAAUGAACCCAGCGCAGGUAUUUGAUCUCAUGAAUGGUGGACCCUACCCAGGGCUUAAGCUUUUCCAAAGAUUCGACUCAUUCCGAAUAUUGAUUUGUGGUGGUGAUGGCAGCAUUGGGUGGGUGCUGACAGAAAUUGAUAAGCUGGAUUUGCAUCGACAGUGUCAAGUAGGGGUGCUACCAUUUGGCACGGGCAAUGACUUGGCAAGAGUCCUGGGCUGGGGUGCAGCCUUUGAUGAUGACACCCAGCUUCCAGCUGUCCUUGAAAAACUGGAACAUGCACAGAUAAAAAUGCUAGACAGGUGGAGUAUAUGGACCUAUGAGGGUAACAUGCCACCACCUAGAAAACUUUCUCAACAGAUGGACCCCAUUUCUCAGUACGAGGACUCUGUAGCAGAUCACCUGUCCAAAAUUCUACACUGUGAGGACCACCAAGUGAUAAUUUCAUCUGCAAAAGUGCUGUGUGAAACUGUAAAGACCUUUGUGGAGAAGGUUGCUAAGGCCCAUGAGAACGACCCAGAGAAGGAGUCCAAGAACAUUGCCGAGAAGUGUGCUGUUUUGAACCAGAAGCUGGAAAGCCUUUUAAAAACACUUAAUGAGGAGUCACAGGCUUCUGCUCAGACUGAGGAGUUGGUGGAAGCUGAGACAGCAGCAGAAGAUGCCCAGCCACUAGUUGAUCAAGAUGUCGUGCCUGGUGUACUGGCAGUUCCUGCAAAACCUAAACAAAAAGCACACCUGCUGAACUCCAGCUCAAUGCCCUGUCACACUCAGGUGUUCAAGGCAAGAGAAUCUCUCAUGUCACGUGCAAACAGCCUGAAGAAGGCCGUUCGACAGAUCAUCGAGCACACAGAAAAAGCUGUGGAUGAGCAGAAUGCACAGACACUGGAGCUGGAGAUGAUGCGGGACAAUCGACACAUAGAGGGAUCAUCCUUAAGAGAGGCUUCCAGGUCAGCACCCAGCUUUGCUGCACUCGCUGUAGAGUCUGAGGUGCAACCGGAAAAACCAGUUCCGCUCCUGCAGCCUCCAGGGUCACGAUCACCUGUAGGUCCAGGGUCACGGCGCAUCAGCAGCAUGAGUACAUUCAACAGAUCAGCAAGCGUUGACUCCAAACUUCAUGCAAAGGCUGUCGACUCUAUUACUGCAGCUACCUCUCCUAUCCCUAAGAUCAAGCUACCUUUUGCUGAUUCACCAGUGCUGCCAGGUAUUAGCAGCAGCAUUGCCAAGACUCUAGCAGGUGGCAGCUUCAUCAGCAAGGUAUUGCUGGCCAAUGCCGAUGCUUUGUGUGCUGCAGCCUCUCCACUUCUUGAGCAAGACAUUCCACUAGAGCUUUACCAAGAAAAGUGCGUGAUGAACAACUAUUUCGGCAUUGGGCUGGAUGCAAAAGUUACUCUCGAGUUUCAAAACAAACGUGAAGAGCAUCCAGAAAAGUGCAGAAGUCGGACGAAAAAUCUGAUGUGGUAUGGAGUGCUUGGUGGCAAAGAAAUGAUCAACCAGACAUUUAAAAACCUGGAUCAGCGCGUCUUACUUGAAUGUGAUGGGCAGCGCAUUCCAUUACCUAGUCUACGAGGCAUUGUCAUCUUGAACAUUCCUAGCUAUGGCGGUGGUGCCAACUUCUGGGGAGGCUCCAAACAGGAUGAGAAUUUUGUACCUCCAAGUUUCGAUGACCGCAUUUUGGAGGUAGUGGCCGUGUUUGGAGGCAUGCAAAUUGCCGUGUCACGACUUAUCGACCUCCAGCAUCAUCGCAUUGCACAGUGUCGACAGGUUAAGAUUACUAUCUUGGGCGAUGAGAGCGUACCUGUGCAAGUGGAUGGGGAAGCCUGGAUGCAGCCACCUGGUUACAUACGCAUCAUGCACAAGAACCGUGCUCAGAUGUUGGCACGAGAUAGAACGUUUGAAAAUGUGCUGAAGUCAUGGUCAGAGAAACAGAAAUUGGAGCGGUCUGUCAGUCCUCAACCCUCAGCUUUGUCAGAGGAUGAGGCUCAUGUUGUUCUGAACUUUGUGGAAACUGCAGCAAUGCUGAUUCGAUGUGUCAAAGUUGCAUCAAAAAACAACACUACUGUGGAGCAGGAAUUGGCACCUUUGGCCCAGCGAGCUUCUGAGUGUCUAGACCGCUUGUAUCCCUCGGGAAGACUUUCAGAGCUUGACUCCUCCGAUAGUGACACCUACCAGCCGACACUACGAAAUCAAGUCACAGACCUUGUUCACAGUAUGAGGUUGCUGCAUCAGCAUGCAGGGGCUUUUCUCUCAGAAAAAGCAAGUUUGUUGCAUCUUUGGCCUGACCUGGAGGAAAAGCUGACAACAGCAUUGGCAUCUCUAGAACCAGAACUACGCAAGGCAGCAGACAUAGCUGGUCUUCCAUGUAUCCCUCUCUCGCUCGAGGAGUCGCACAUAAGUGAACUUCAAAAGCAAAGCAAACCUGCUGGGAGGAGCAAGCCAGGUAUUACACGCUUAAAGGGUAAAGCAUUUGAGAUUCGCAGCUGGACUGUGGAGGAAGUUGGGGCUUGGCUGGAAAGUUUGUCAUUAGGAGAGUACCGCAACAACUUCAUCUCACAUGAAAUACGGGGUGCAGAACUUAUGAAUCUUGAAAGGCGAGAUCUGAAGGACCUAGGUGUGACCAAAGUGGGUCACCUAAAACGAAUCCAGCAAGCAAUCAAGGAACUUCACCUCCGAGAGGCAGCAUACGACCGCCCCAGCACCUGACAUUGAGCGCCAGGCUGUGUUUUUCUCAUCGUCACAUCUGACUGUGCACCGAUGCAGCUGCUCGUCAGUGUCAGGCUUGAUACAACCAACCACUCUACCUGCACUGUGAUCUUAAUGUGUUGUCGCAAUUAGCUGGUCCAUGUCUGCCAUUACAUGUCUGCACCAUUUGCACCAACCACGAGUUUGGUGAACAACCACCCCAACCCCAGUCCACCCCACCCUUUAACCCUUGUCGCAUUCUGUUGUGUGCUAAGGGUGUGCAUGACCACCACCACAAAAGAAGGGAAAUCCAACAGCAAUUAAUGAGCAAGAGACUUGGACAGCAGCCUCAGAAAUAUGUCUAUUUUUGCCUGCAAGCCUCCUGUUUAAAAACUUUGAUUAUUUAUAUAUUUAUGUAUUUAUUAUUUACUCUCUUAAGAGCUUGUGCUGUAUGAUCAGCUCAUGGUAUUUUUUGUGGCUGAUGAACCUGCAAAGAUGACAGAUAAGUCGUCAGUCACAAAUUGUGUUUGAAGUGUUUCAUACUUGUGACAAGCAUAUCCUUGUCGUCCUCAGUUUCUUCACUGCUAUUGUUUUCAUCUGGCUUUAAAAUUGUAUUAAAAAAAUUAUGGGUAACAAUUGGGCAGCCAGAAAAAACAUUGUUUUAAUGUCACUUUGCAUGUGUAUAUGCAUGCAAAACUACCUGAGUAAAUGCAUGUUUGAUUUUCUUGGACAGGGUGGGGAUUAUUUUUUAGAGGCUGGGCUCAGGAAAUUGGUGAAAGGGACUUUUUUCAUUUACUUGAUGGAAGAGACAGUUCAAACAUUCUUAGUCAUGGGUUGGUGCUCCACUUUCUUUGUAAUUGAAUGAACUUACUCAUUUUUUAUAAUUAAUUUUGCACCUGUCAGGAAUUCACACAGAACACUGGGUGCACAAGACAUAAAAUCUGUCUUGCCUCACUUGUCCAUCAAAACACCAUGGAUGUCAACCUGUGGAGCUAGAGAAUGUUUGAAUGUUGUCACAGGACUCAAAUCACAACAUUAGCCCCUGGCUUCAUUACCAGAAAUGCAAUGCUGUGUGUGUCUCAGUGUUCUUUGCACUUUUCAUACUGUCUCAAAAUCAGGCAGUGGAACUGGUUUAUGCAGCUUGCAUUUGGAGUUGUUUACUGGUUCUUUUGUUAUCGUCAAACUUCAUGUGUUGCACGUUCUUUACAGUUGACACCUAACAUUGCUGUGAUUUUUUUUUAAAAAUAACAAGAACCACCUUUUUGCACUCAAGAGUUGGAAGAACCAAGUGCAAGGUUAAACCCAGUGUUUGUCAGCACUCUUCCUUUGUCACUUAAUCUAAAAUUGCAUGUCUUUGACACAUAAUCCUGUGUUAGCUUUUGAGGUAGCGAGAGAUAGAGAUCGUGUAAAGAGGUUUCUAGUUGGCAUCCUUGACAGUGGCAUUGCAAUAUGAAGGGUCUUGAGGUCUUCUCUCCAAGGUAUCCCAGAAACAUCAGAUGAAUUCUAAAUUGGAAAAAAAAAUUUUUUUAAUAUCACUGGUGUCUCCUUGCCACUUUCCCUUUACCCCUUUCUUCAUCCCAUCUAUGUCUAUAAAGGAACUGAGCAGUUGGUUGUGAUAUUGUGGAAGUUAAGUUCAUUGUUACCUAGACUCUUUGUCUGAGGGAAGAUCAAGGGGACAUAAUCUCUUCUCUACUGGCUGUAAGGCCUAACCUCAUUUUUUUAGUUCAGACUUCACUUUCUUCCUAAAGAUGCCCCUACUCCUGAGCAGAGAAGAGAUUGGGGCUAACAUGAGCACUGGUAUGCCAUCUUUGUCUUAAACCUGUCAGCCUUGGUGAACAGAAGCUUAGCACCAGACAGCUGUUCUCAUAUAUUUUUGUGAUUAUGUAGUUUUCAUACACAACAGUAGAUUGUCUUGGAAUGUUGGCCCAGCAAACUCAUCUUAUUAUUAUUUAUCUCAGGGUCAGGCCUAGCCAUAAGAUUUUGCUGUCUACUGGGCAGUCCAGGCCAUUUUUUUUGUCUUUAACAUUUUCAGGCCACGCCACUUGUCUUGAACAUUUCUGAGAUCCGUUAAGAUUAUCUUCUGUCUGAUCAUUGGGUGCUGCUGCCUUCCGAUUCAAAGGACCCUGUUUUUUCUCCAUCUGUUUGAAAAUUUCUGAAGGCAAAGUUAUAGAUGCUUUUUAAAUAGAGAUGUUUUAGUACAUUGAUGUAGUGACUGAGAUCUUUCAAAAGGCAGAAAAUGCAACUACAGUUUUCCUUUCUCUGAGAUAGAGCACCAAUUGAAGUUGCUUCCAAGACUUUCCAUGAUGACUUUCACUGCAGAAAGAGUGUUUUUGGCCAUGAAAAUGGAUAAACUUACCUCCAGAAAUUCUCUCAUACGGAAAGAAAUGAUGGCUGCAUCCUUGAACAGCUUAUCGAGAACACCUAAACUCUUCUCUGUCUCCAUUCAGACAUUUUGAAGGAUGUACCUUCAGUUUGGUUCUUCACCUUUAUGGAGGUCAUGCCCCCACCAGGAAGGCUCAAGUUCUCAUGUGCCUUUUUCAGUGAUCUCAAAAUCCAUUACCUGUUUAUCAUUCUGACCUCUUUAAAGGCUCAGUCACUAAUGUGCCUUUGGUUUGACCCUUUCACAUCUUUAGAGAGAUCUCCUUUUUCCUGUCCUGGUAAUAUUCUGAUGCCACUGAUUCAAGAUACAGCUGGAGUAAAAGCGACCUAGUACUAUAGGCAAAAAAAAACAAACAAACAAGAAAGUAGUUGGAAUAUGAACAAAAAUAUUUUUUUGCUUUCUGGAGAUUCAAAGUAAGAUGCUUUUUUAUUUGUUGCCAUUGUUUUCUGUCAAUGAUUUUUGAAGUCUGAAGGGUGGAGGGAGAAAUAACUGCUGUCAUGAUGGCUGUUGUCAUACUUCCACCCCUCUUCCCAUCCAGACUACAACCUUACUGCUGCCUGAGGCAAUGAGGAAAAGGGGUGAACUUUAAAAUGAUUUAGAACCCACUCACAGGUGCUUGCAACCAAGCUAAGUGCUGAUUUGCGUGCAGACUAGAGUUUUGUUGUUGUUAUUGACAUUCACAUUAUAAUCCAUGAUCUACAGGAAUAUAGAAACAUGAAAGUGGAUGUACUACAUUCACUUGAGGGGUGGGGGGAACGAUGUAUUUUUAUCUGUAUUUGGGAAUCUGUGUUGGAUUCCAAGACCAAAGGCACUCCAGUCUGUGAUACAUUUGCUUUAUUCACAAUGUCUUUUAAUUUGAGUGUUUUUAGCACAGUCAGAACUUGAAUGCAUGCAGCACGACACAUCACUGUUUGUGUGCACAUGUAUAGACCUCAACUUGUUUCAUCACCUGUGUUGAUGUGAGAAGCAGUUUCACUCUUUAUCUUUUUGAUACAAUUUUCUACUUUAUCUAAGUAUAUUUUCACUUACAAAAUGAGCAUACGUAUGUGCAGGAAUGCAUUUUGGGGAACGCAUGCAUUCCUAUGUCAUUGUGAGUACAUCAGUGUGUCCAUGUGGAUGUGAGAAACUUACCUGUAGAAUGCUAAAUCAGUGUAAAAAAUGUUUGUACUUUUGGUAUCCAAAUUUUCAUGUUGACGGUUUUUUGUGUGUGUGUGCACAUACCUAUGGGAAUUUCCAUUUUUCUAGCAAAUAAAUAAAUUGAGUGCAAUAUGCCUCCCUUGCAUUACCCUAUUUUCCACCACGGACAUGACAUUGCACUCACUCAUGUCAUAAUCUUGGCCAGACCGAGGUUUUGUCACAUUGUAUGAAAUUCUCUGCAAAUUUCUGCACUACGAAAUACGUGAUUUUUUUCAUUAUCUUGACUACACAAUGUUUUUUAGGAUGUCGCUCACUUUCUUACGAUGAUUGUAUAUCACAAAUUUUUUACCAUGUGACAGUUUUGCUGGCUUGUGUGAGACAAGUGUAAGUGGUUCAUGGCCCUUUACUCCUGCGUCUUGGCUGUAUGAGCACUUUGCAAUACACUCGGUAAUUUCGUGAAUGGAAAAAACAUUUUCUUGGGUGUCACAGCCAUCUUCUGGGCCAUUAUAAUCAGUUAUUCUGACAAGGAACUUUCAGGCUAAAAAGGGCAGUUGUUAAAGUAGGAAAAUGUGGAGAUGAUUAGUGAAUACAAGCUGGUGAAAAAUUACAGAUUGCUAAGGUCCCCAGGUCUCAGUCAAUGGACAAUUUGUUAAACAGCUGCAAAACCUACUUGUAAAACCUAUUAUUAAAUAAUUCUAACAAUUAUUAGUAUUAAAAGAUCGGUGUCAUAUGCUGGCAAUUUAAGUUUUGCCAUUUCCAGAAAUAAGGCAAUGUCGAAUUGCUUUUAUUCCUUGUCGGUAGAGCUCAGUGUUUUGUGAAUAGUGGAUUAAUUAUCUUGAGGAUGAAGAUUUUGGUUAAGUAAGCUGCCUCUGCUUUAAGAGAGUCUGUCAGUGCUUCUGGUUGAUAACUUUUGUGGGAGAUGUGAUCAACGUGAUUCCUUACUGACCUUGAGAAUUAAGUGACAAAGAUAACAACAGUCACAUCACAAUACCAGUUCACAUUUGUCAACUUGAUGGUCAGUUCACUGCAUAAAAAUGAUAUAAUUGCUUAUGCAGUGGUGACCAGGGGUAUGCAUAACAGUCAUAAUUUCAGUGGAAGUUAGGUAAGGGUUUAUUCCUUUCCUGGGGAUAUAUGGAAAAAAUGACGAUAAUCAUAUAAAAAAAUAAAUUGAAUAUACAAAUAAUAAUAUAGAUUUUUAUAGUACAUUUCCCAACUUAAAAGUAGAUGCAGUUUGCUUGACAACAGCAAAACAAAUAUACAAAUAUAGACUCGAAAUAAAUACAGAACACAAACCAAGCAAAUACAUCAAGGUAUAACAACACAAGAGCAAAGUAUAAGAGCAAGAUCUUGAAGUGGAGAAAAGUUUGAACACUGAGUUUGAUUUAAUGACAAGGAAGAAACACUAGUGAACAUGUAGCAAGAAGGUACAAAACACACCAUCAGGAGCUUAUUCAACAUCUUGUACAUCCAUACAAUCAGCAGACAAUAUACAGGAAGUGCAUAGCGGGUAGAUUAGAAAAAGUGAAGAUUGCAUAGUCAAUAAAUGAUCUCGAGGAAAAAAAAGAGAAGAAGCAAUAUAAGAAGUUUCUGUAAAGCAUUACCAAGCAGAGAGUGGGCUGUGGAAGCACGUAGUAAAUGUCUGUUUUUCAAAACCAGGUGAAACCGUGUGUAGCAGUGCAUCCACUGACCUCCCCUCAGCUUUUCUAUUUGGACCAGGGAGUAAAAAGUGUUUCCUUAAUUAAGGCAACUUAAUGUACCUGUUUCUCACUUUCACUUUUCAUUUUUCCCCAUUACUUCUCCUGUGCAGCUCCCUCUGCUUGGAAACCUCCAGUGCCUUACAUCACUAAACCAACAUCCCAAUCCCAAGUUGUUCACAGCUUCCCAUUUUCCCCCAUUUUUCUGUCCCCUCUGAUCUCACCCACUCAACCACCAUCAAAGGAUGUGUGUGGCAGGCUGGAAACUGAACUGGUAAACCCUCUUACAUCAUCACCAUGGCAUUUACCACAGGUAGAGUGUUUAUAGUGCAGCUGAAUAGAGCCAGGAGACCUUCGCUGUCUUUAGUCAAAUAAGGACAAGAAAGUGUUUUCUCAGUCUGUACUUGACUGCAUGCAGCAUGGCAGCACAGUUCACCUGCAUGUCCAUAGUAAGCAACGUAAGUGGAUGUUAUGCAGACAGGAAUUUUCUUAUGGAACUUGCGGCAGCUGUGGUAUGGAAGUCCAGUGAAAAAAAAGCUUGGCAUCAGCUGUCCAUACUUUAUUACGACAAUGUAGUGGAUUUUUUUACCUAUAGCAAAACUCAUCAGGCUUCUGUACAAGUUUCUUCCCUCUUUAAGAUCCUGCACAGUGUUGUUGGCCUCAAGAAUCUGAUAAUAUUUUGCUGUAUGUGAGUUACGGGCUUUAAAAAAGCAUUAAUAGGAAUUUAAAAUUAAUCAAAUGGUACUUUGCUGUAAAAAAAACCAAACUAAAGCUAAUGCAGAAAAUUGAAUAAUAGUCUACAUGGAAGUGGAAUAUCUGCAGUGUAGCAAUAGUUAACUGUAUUCAUUAAAAUUUUGAUAAUAAAUCAUGUACGUUAGAACAUAUUUAAACAUGUAUAUUAAAAGGUAAUGAUGAAUAAUGUGCAUUACAGUAGUAUAACUUGUGCACACUAAAAUAGGAUUCUGAAUAAUGAGCAGUAUAAAACUUUAAUAAAUUGUCACAGGGCAAGCCAAAGCCCCGAUGAUUACAGGCUGUUAAGCAAGGAUGCUGAUGCAUCUAAUUUCAUAGAAACUUGUUCUAGUGUGACUUGUCCAGCUAGGAUGUGUUGCAGUCGCUGUGAUGUUUGAAGCAGCUGCCCUGUUUAGAUAUGUUUAGUGUUUAUUGAAGUUACACGUUUGAAAGAAAAGGUCUGUCUGGGUCUAAUAUAAAUGGCUUUAAGGUUUAAAGAAAACACUUCUGUCAAUCAGGCAGUGAUGCAAAGGUUAGAUUCAGUAAAAACUGGAUAUUGAGGCUUGGUGAGCGUACGUUCUGAGAUUUAAAGUAGCUGUUAGGAUUCAUUAUUUCUCCUGCAAUGUGAAGAAGAUUACAACCGGUAGAAGGUGAAGGUAGUGGCUGAGGGAGCAUUGAAGUCUGCAAGAAAAGUUAACUGUGUUUAAGUAACAAACAAAUUUUAAUUUCAUUUUGAACAAUUUUUUAAAGUAGAGACUGAAGAUAACGUUGAUAUCUAACAUAAAUUGGCACAAUGGGAGUGUACUUGUUUUGGGAAAGUGAAUUAUCGACAGGAGUGGACCAAUGACCACCCACUGUCUAGCUUAAAGCUGCUGAACAGCAAGUUUCGGCUCUCCAACUACCUCCCAUGUUUUUUUAUGUUUGCUGCUCACAAACCACACUCCUACAAUGGCUGCAUGAUCAUGGUUGAAUCUUGUCCCAGGCCUAUGAAUGUAUUUACUGUAUGUAGUCACCACUGCACAACGAAAUUUUGUGUGUGUUCAUUUUUGUGUAUCGUGUGCUUACCAUUAGACCUGCAACACACAGACCUUACGUGAUAAGGGAAAUAUUUUGACUGUGUUGUCAUGUAGAAGCAUUUUGUGUCUGUUGUUUAGAGUCACCGAACCAUGACAGUCCUUCGGGAGAGUUAUUCCUGCUCUUAUAGAGAACACCCUCACAGUGCCUGAAACACGAUUUGUAAGCUGUGCUUACUUUAAGUCAUUUUGCUUAUUUUUUGGUCAGCAGAAAGAAGCAAAAGAGGGUUUGCCAUUUUUUACAUUUAUUUUGAAAUAGAUGAAUAAAGAUUGGCCAAAAAUAAUUGAUUAAACAUUUUAACUAAAAUAAGAAAGUGAAGAAUAGGGAGAAGUAAUUUUUGUUUUAUCAGAUCUUUAACCUCUCUAAAACUUGUGUGUUCCUCCCAAAUGGCUGGAAAAUGAUUUUUUUUUUUUUAAUUUGUUUUGUGAAUAUUGUUUGAAAACACCACUGAAUUAUCAUUCCAUUUGGCAGGGUACUUCAAGUCCUUAAUGUUGUCAGUCAUUUUGUUGCAAUGUUCUUCCCUCACUGUGCCAUUGUAAUUGGUUUCUCUGAUCAAACGAAAUUAGGUGCUAACACCGACCGCCCUGGUGUGCAUGCAAAUGAUCACUGUCCUAGUAUUUUUGUUAACUCCAGCUCUUCACACUGAUAUCCCAAAGUAUUUUUUUUUUUAAAUUUAUGUAUGUCAGCGUAUUCAGGGUUUCAUUUGGUCACUUCAGAUAUGAAAUCUCUUGCACCUAAAGUCUGUGGAUUAUAAAAGAGCACUUGAUGUAUUUGUGUUUGGGACCUUCUUGGAACCUGAAACUGAGAUUUUAAAAAAGUUUCUUUUCAUGGUCACUCACUUCUGCACAUCGUCUUACUUGGUCCUCCUUGAGUCCGUGUCUUUCAUACCUACAACGUAUGCUGGUUUUUUUCACGUUUCUUUUUUUAAAAAAAGGGCAAAAACACUAUUUACUCAGUCUAAUUUUCAUACGUUAAUAAAAAGGAAAUUUAUUAACUUGGAA